CUCCCACCUGGGUGGGCGCCGUCCCGCGCGGCUCUUUGUCGCGCCCAUCCUUCCGCCACCAGGCCAAGCCGGACACUAUUGGCUGGCCGGCAGCCUUCGUCACUUCCGUCGCGCAGAGUUCUGCCGGGACGGAGCGACAUCGUCCCGCCGGAACUUCCGGCGGGCUGGUGCUGAGGUGUUUUCUGUGGCCGGCGUUGAGAAGAAGGAACUAAAGCGGCGUCUGCGGUCCCGUGACGCAAUUUUCUGAAAGGAUUUCUAAUAGUCUUUGAAGAAACAGGUUCAAUUAGAAAUGGUGGUUUUUACAUGUAGCGCCUGUGGGGAAUCUGUGAAGAAAGGACAGGUUGAAAAGCAUGUGAGCAUGUGCCGGCAUUGUGAAUGCCUUUCCUGUAUGGAUUGUGGCAAAGAUUUCUGGGGAGAUGAUUAUAAAUCUCAUGUGAAGUGUGUAAGCGAAGACCAGAAGUAUGGUGGCAAGGCAUAUGAAGCCAAAACUCACAAAGGAGAUGUCAAACAGCAGGAAUGGAUUCAGAAGAUUCAUGAAGCAAUAGAAAAAACAAAUAUUAACCCCAAAGUUCGAGAUAUCUUACAGCAAAUGUAUGCCUUUGACAAUAUUCCAAGAAAAAAAGGAAAAUUUCAGAACUGGAUGAACAACAGUUUGAAAAUACACAACACUGUUUUACAAGAUCAGGUGUGGGAUAUCUUUUCAGAAGCUACCAAGAAGGAACCAAGUGAGAAACAAGGGAAACCCCAAGACAGAGCUCUGAACGAGUGUGAAAAAAGUGAAGUUACGCCAAAACUAUCCAAAGAGGAUGUAGCAAAAACAGAGGUGGCGGCAAAGAAAAAGAGCAAAAGGGAGCAAAAAGAAGAGAGAAAAAAUGUCAAAAAGGAGAAAAAAGAACUAAGGCUCCAAAGCCAACAAGCCAGCUUACAACCUUUAAAAGCCAAAAAGUCUAAGAAAGAAAAAUGUGAGAAUGAAGAUGAGAAAGUAUUCCAGAGCGAUUGUGUGAAGGGGACGAAGAAGAAGCGGCGAGCAGCUGACGUGUUGGAAUCGCAAGUGAAUGGCUACGGCCUUCAUUCGGAAGAGCCAGCAGGGACCAAGCCCAACGCCAAGAGACGCAAGUGCGGUCCCUCAGAAGAGGAAUCUUGUGUUGAAAUAAAAAGAAUGAAUUGUCCAGUAACUGAAGAAAAUGAGGAUGAACACCAAGGUAAAUUCAGUUGGAAAGGAACCAUAAAGGCUGUUCUGAGACAAGCACCUGACAAUGAAAUCUCACUUAAGAAACUAAGGAAGAAGGUUUUAGCCCAGUAUUAUGCAGUUGCAAGUGACCAUCAUAAAUCUGAAGAGGAAAUUCUGGCUUUAUUUAAUAAGAAAGUCAACAGUAAUCCUAAAUUUAAAGUUUUAAAGGAAAAGGUGAAACUUUUGAAAUAGCUGCUUUACUUUCAAAUGAUCAAAUUUUGCAGUGUGCCCAGUUUUACAAUCAUAUGUCAAAAGUGGCUUUCAUCAUACCUGUGUCAGCAAAAUCUCACUGUAUUUGACUAUGAAUUGUCUUUUACCUGCCACUUCUAAUGAGAGCUUUUCUACUUUUUUUUUAAAAAAACUAUAUUUUUGUAAAAGAAGAUAAACUCCAUUAAAAUUUUGCUUGAGGUA